CGGCGACAACAAAUAUCUCUGUACUAGGUGUUCCCCUUGCCUGCAGUAAGGGCUGCCGCUUCGAGGCCCCGUCCCGGCGAGCCCAGGUGCCUUCUCCAAAAGGAGCAGCAGGAGGGAGACAUGGCCACAAGAUUGCUGCCAGCCCAGGCUCUGGAGUCUGUGACAUUCAGGGAUGUGGCUGUGUUCUUCAGCCAGGAUGAGUGGUUGCAUCUGGACUCUGCGCAGAGAACCUUGUACCAGGAGGUGAUGCUGGAGAACUACAGCACUCUCUUCUCGCUGGGGAUUCUGUUUUCCAAACCAAAAGUUAUCCUCCAGUUAGAGCAAGGGGAAGACCCCUGGAUGGUGGAAAAUGGAGUUUCUGAAAGCACAUGUCUAGGAUGGGAGAGCUUAUUUGAAACCACAGUUUCUGAAGAAGAAAAUCAGGAAGUAAUGAAUCAACUCAUAGGUGAUGGUCCUUUUGACUUCAAGUUGGGAGAAAUCUACAUAAAUGAGGAAAAACUAGAGAAUCAACAAGGCAAAAAGAACAGACCUUUGAGGGAAGUCUUAGUUACCAUCAAGAAAACCUGUAUGAAGGAGAAGAGCUUUACAGGUAUUGACCUUGGGAAAAAUCUUGAUCUAAAAUUGUCACUUAUUAGAAAACCCAGAAUUGUUUCCAGAGGAAGGAAACCCUGUUCACAGCAGUAUUCAAUUCUAUUUAAACAGCUGGGAAUCAACACAGUGCGUAAGUGUUACAAGUGUAGUAUCUGCAGGAAAAUCUUCCUCCACAGUUCUUCUCUGAGUAAACAUCAGAGAAUCCAUACUGGAGAGAAGCUCUAUAAAUGUAAGGAAUGUAGGAAAGCUUUUAGCCAAAGCUCGUCUCUAACUCAGCACCUGAGAAUUCAUACUGGAGAGAAGCCUUAUAUAUGUAGUGAAUGUGGAAAAGCCUUCAGUUUCACUACAUCUCUCAUUGGACAUCAGAGAAUGCAUACUGGAGAGAGACCCUAUAAAUGUAAUGAAUGUGGAAAAACAUUUAAAGGUAGUUCAUCCCUUAAUAAUCACCAACGAAUUCAUACUGGAGAAAAGCCCUAUAAGUGUAAUGAAUGUGGGAGAGCCUUUAGCCAGUGCUCAUCUCUUAUUCAGCAUCAUAGAAUUCAUACUGGAGAGAAACCGUAUGAAUGUAGUCAGUGUGGGAAAGCCUUUACUUCAAUAUCGCGGCUAAGUAGACACCAUAGAAUUCAUACUGGAGAGAAACCCUUUAAUUGUAAUGAGUGUGGAAAAGUAUUUAGUUACCACUCAGCUCUUAUUAUACAUCAGAGAAUUCACACUGGUGAGAAACCUUAUGCCUGUAAAGAAUGUGGGAAAGCCUUCAGCCAAAGCUCAGCUCUUAUACAACAUCAAAGAAUUCAUACUGGAGAAAAACCUUACAAAUGUAAUGAAUGUGGGAAAGCUUUCUCCUGGAUUUCACGGCUUAAUAUACACAACAGAAUCCAUACUGGAGAGAAACCAUAUAACUGUAAGGAAUGUGGAAAAGCCUUCAGUUCCCACUCAGCAGUUAAUACUCACCGAAAAAUUCAUACUGGAGAGAAACCUUAUAAAUGUAAUGACUGUGAAAAAGCCUUCAACCAAAGCUCAGCUCUCAUUCAGCACCAGAGAAUUCAUACUGGAGAGAAACCAUAUAACUGUAAAGUAUGUGGGAAAGCCUUUAGACAGAGUUCAUCCCUUAUGACACAUAUGAGAAUUCAUACAGGAGAAAAGCCUUAUAAAUGUAAAGAAUGUGGGAAAGCUUUCAGUCAGAGCUCAUCCCUUACAAAUCAUCAGAGGACUCAUACUGGAGAAAAACUAUAAGUUAAAUGCAUGGGGGAAAACCUUCCAACUGAAGUUAAUUCCACAUGAAAUAUCAAAGAAUUCAGCUUAGGGAGAAAAUAAUGAAGAUUAGUUAAUUGUGCAUUAAACUUCAGAAUUUAGACCUCCUCAAACAUCAGACUUUAUGAUGCAAGAUAACCUUAGGAAUAUUAGGAAAGCUUCUAUAAGAUGUUUUUUCUUAUAUUCUUAAGUUAUUACUGACUAUAAAAUAGAAAAUUUGUCAUAUCAAAGGGUUAGUAUUUUAUUUUCUUUCUAGUGAUGUAUGAUAACAGCCACCAGCUUUCACAGGCAUCACUGGGAAGCAUGUUGAUUUAUGGAAAAGUGCAGCCAUAAAAUCCAGACUUCAGAUUAAUCUAGGAUUCUAUUUUUUUGAAACUGCAUUUGAGUGUUAUGCAAGCCAGUUGUACUAAGAAGAAUGUAUUGGAGAGGAAGUGUAAGCAGGUGACCUGGAGCUACCUCACUGUCACUAAAAUUUGUUUUUGUAAGAGUUUAAAAGCAACUUCUGUACUUGGUGGUUGUUAAAACUUUUGAGUUAUUUCUCCCCUGCUUCCUAAGC